AUAGUAAUGGUAGUGAUGAUGAAGAGUUGUCACAAUCAUCAAGUACACCAAGAGAAUUAAGCAAUGAUAAACGUAUAGCAUUGUACGAAAUGCUACUCGCAAAGAGUGUGAACGGCAAAUUGGGACAAGGAGUACGGAAAAUGGUAGCAUCACAUUUUUCAGUAUCAUUGCGGACAGUUUAUCGCAUUUGGAAGCAAUCAGGUUAUGGUACACAAAAUGAUGUAUCCCGGAGAAAAGCAAAAAAUUGUGGUCGUAAGAGGAUUGAAAUUGACAUGAAUCGUUUUCGAGAAAUCCCUCUUAGAAAGCGGACAACUCUCCGGACUCUUGCUUGCUCAUUAGAUGUAAACAAAAGUACUUUGGGUAGACGUUUGAAAGGAAAAGAGAUACAAAGGCACUCAAAUACUAUAAAGCCUUUUUUGACAGAGCAAAAUAAGAUAUCUCGACUACAAUUCUGCUUGUCAAUGGUUGAUCGUGAUAGCAUUCCAGAUGACCCAAGUUUCAUUGAUAUGUACAAUAUUGUACAUAUUGAUGAAAAAUGGUUCUACAUGACUAAAAAGAAGCAGACUUACUACAUGCUCCCAGGUGAAGAAGAGCAGCUGCGAAGUUGCAAAAGUAGCAAUUAUAUACUUAAAAUAAUGUUUUUAGUCGCUUUAGCUCGGCCACGGAUUGAUGCUUUAGGAAAUGUGUUGUUCUGUGGAAAAAUUGGUAUAUGGCCCUUUGUUAUACAAGAGGAAGCACAAAGAGGCAGUGUUAAUCGUCCUGCAGGAACGCUAGAGACAAAACCAAUAAGUGUAGUGAAUAGGGACGUCAUACGAUCAUUUUUAAUUGAUAAGGUUAUUCCUUCUAUAAAGGAAAAAUGGCCAAUUGGCGACUCUACUCAUCCAAUAUAUAUUCAACAAGAUAAUGCUCGAACUCAUGUCAAAAUAAACGAUGAUGAAUUUCGACAGGUAGCUUCACAAGAUGGAUUUGACAUCCGCCUAAUGUGUCAACCACCGAAUUCUCCUGAUAUGAAUGUUUUGGAUUUGGGAUUUUUCAGUGCUAUUCAAGCCUUACAACACCAAGAGGCUCCAAAAAAUAUUGACGAGCUUAUUAGUGUC